UUAUGCUUGAUGGUGUGUUGAUGACCGUUCUUAUUAUUAAACAGAUAAUGUUUUGUACGUUAGCACACUGAAGUGAAUUAAAUGAACAAUUGAUCUUUCGGUUUAAGUAUCCAAGCUAGUGCUGCUGUAUGUCGGCAACAUCGUUGUAUAGUACAUUUGAUGAGGGUUUUGGCAGAAUGCCUUGGAAUAGCUGAGUCCUAUAUUUCUGCUUCAACUUGUACCGACAUCAAACUAAGAUGACCAUGUUCAACCAGAUUGUACCAUUGAUUACCGCGGGAACUUUUUUUCUUCUGCUUUUUUCCGUUGUUAACUCGUCAGGUCUAAAAGUUAGAAUUGCACCAAAGAAUCUCACACAGUAUAGAAGUCAGUACGUUGUUUUUCGUUGUUAUGUUGCUGGAAAUCCUUAUCCUAUUGUUUCGUGGUAUGCUAAUGAUCAAAGGAUUACUGAAGGCCCAAGGCACAAGUUCAGUAAUAUCAAAGGAGGUUACAUGUUGAGGAUUGGACGACUCCAUCCUAUUUUAGAUACGGUUAUCAUUAAAUGUCGUGCAAGGAAUGGUGUUGAUUCACCCGUUACUGAUCAUGCUAGUCUCAAUGUUUCAUUUAAUUAUUUUUGGAAAGUCAAAAUACCUGACUAUAAACCACAAACGUUUGUCGAUCGCCGACGAACAAUCCGCAUUGUUUAUGUUGGUGCAAAUAUCACUUUAAAUGCUAACUUUUCUGGCUAUCCAACACCAACUAUUACCUGGUUUAAAGAUAUGAAACUCUUAGAUUUCAAAAAUCCGCGAUUUACUUUGUUGGAGAAUAAUAGUUUAAGAAUUUGUAACAGUGAACAUGACGACUCGGGUAUGUUUGACUUCUUGGUAGAAAACAGCGCUGGACAAAUGUUUUCUUUACCCUGGCAUGUUACUGUUAAAUAUGUCAAAAGUAAACCAAAAAUACUAAAAGGAUUACGUAAUCAAGUUGUUGACCCUGAAGGUGACAUUUUAUUAAAAUGUUCAGCAUCCGGCCAUCCAACACCAGUUUUGCGUUGGGAAAACAGCAAAAAAACUGUCCUUGAAGAAUUAACUGGAAUACUUCAUUUACGAAAAGUCAUGAAAUCCGAGACCUAUACAUGCUUUGCUAAAAAUGAUCUCGGUGAAUCGAGCUUUUCAGUGAAUGUCACAUUAAGUGGUUUGCCAUUUCGACCUAAAAAUUUAAAGAUUAAUUCAACGACAAGCGACUCAAUAACGUUAACUUGGGAAGAUGGUCAAGUUAGAACGACCAUAGAGUACCAUACCAUUCAGUAUCGGAAACCUAGAAAGAAACGCUGGACUACAGUGUUCACUGAGAAACCUGUGCACAAACAUAAAGUGAAAGAUCUUACUCCAUUUACCUAUUAUGAGUUUCAAGUACUCGCCAGUAACUAUGUUGGUUCAAGCAAACCUAGUAAAGUUGUGCGUGCACAAACUGAUGAAACUGUCCCUGGAAGUCCACCAAGUUCCAUUGUAGUAAAAUCAACAGAAACCGGAAGUUUUCAAGCAUCGUGGCAACCACCACUUCACCCUAAUGGCCACAUUAGCUUCUACACAGUUUAUUACAGUGAAAAAAUACAAGCCCCAUUUGACUCAUGGAAAGCCAAAACUGCUCAUCGGCAUCAAAACACAUUGAAGAUUUCUUCGUUGAUUGCUAAUCAUCGUUACGCCGUUAAAAUAUCAGCGAGUACUUAUUCUGGAGCUGGUCCUAUCUCACCAACAUUUCUAGUACAAACACUAAAAGGAGUGCCUAGUGAUCCUAAGGAUGUUCAAAUCACUCAUGUUUCAUCAAGUAGUUUUACGGUUAUGUGGAAAAUACCUACUUAUGUUGGGAGUGACCAAGGAAUUGUGGGAUACGAUAUUUAUUACAAUACGUCGUUAAAAGGUCCACAUAAUAAGAUCAUAAUUCAAUCUCCACGUGAGUUACAGAGAACUGUGUCUGGAUUACGACCUGUGACAACUUAUGAGAUAUCAGUGGCAGCAAGAGGUGAUGCAGGUUCAGGGCCGUUGUCUUACCCUCAAUACGUGACAACUUUACAGUCUGUGCCAUCAGCUCCACCAAGUAAUUUCAGUUGCAAGGCACUUGAUGAACGUAGUGUGAAAUGCUCAUGGCUGCCUCCUCCUCUUGUGGACAGAAAUGGCGACAUUACUGGAUACGAAAUUCGAUAUAAGUUUUCAAUCGUGGGUGAAAAUUUACAGUCCUUGAAUACUUCAGAGAUUUUCUUUACAGUUUCUAGUCUCCUUCCUUUUACAAAAUAUCAUAUUGAGAUUGCUGCAAAAACAUCAAAAGGGCGAGGACCAUUUUCAAUGCCAUUUUUUGUGACCACUCACGAAACCAUUCCAACAAAACGCCCUGAAAAUUUAACAGCCGUGGCAAUCAACUCGACAGCUAUACUCGUCACGUGGGAGGCUCCAUCACCACCGUUUGGUGCAAACUUGACUGGUUUUAAUCUGUUAUAUCGACGUAAACCGCAUGAUAAGAAAUAUACAAAAAUGCACUUCACAGCACGCAUUAUGCACAAAGUGAUUACUCAACUGAUACCUGAGCAGUAUUAUGAAUUUCUUGUUGCUGCUCGUUCGUCAAAAGGUCGUGGAUUGUACACUGAUCUCGUUACAUGUAAAACAAAAGAUGCUCCUCCAUUACCGCCCAUUCUUUUUUCCAAAAAAAUUUCGUCGCCACAACUUGGAUUUGCUCUUGAAUGGACGAGCAAGGCUGAUAACAUUCAGAAUUUUAAGUUAAAAUAUGCUAAAGAUAUCGAAAAAAUCACCAAUGUAACAGAUUUGCACUACGUUGAAAAGGUUUUCCCAUCUACUCUUACCGAAUACAAUGUUACAAAUAUCGGUCAUGGUCUUUGGUACAUUUUUAAAAUUUCUGUAAAGAACGACGCUGGCUGGUCACCUGAACGUUCAGUGAUGUAUUUUACGGAUCCUUCGAUACCAAGUGGUGCUCCUAUCAAUUUUAUUGUGAAAUCGAAAAAUUCUACAUCGGCAUUGUUGUCGUGGAAACCACCAGGAAAAUGGAAGCGUAAUGGUAAAAUUAUUGGUUACGAGUUGAGCUAUGAAAAAACUGGUUUUUCUGAAAUAAAGACCGUUCCUAUUGCCGAAACCAAAAGGUCAUAUGUUGUACAAGGCUUACAACCGUUUACAACUUAUCAUUUUUGGAUUCUUGCAAAAACGAAGAUAGGAAGUGGACCUAAAGAAAGAAUUACAGUAACAACUAAUGAAGACGUUCCCUCUGAUGCACCAACAAUAACCGACGCCAGAGGAAUGGGAACUAAAGUUAUUCGUCUAAGGUUUACGUCACCAUUACAACCAAAUGGUCUUAUUAUUGGUUACAAAGUAAACAUUUUUCUUGGAAAUAAAAAUGCUGAAAUAUGGAAAUCCGAUGAAUUGAAAGAAAACAAAAAUGAAAUGUAUAUUAAAAAACUUGCUUAUCCUAAUGCAACAUAUUGGUUUACUAUUGCUGCGAGAACUAGUGUUGGGGAAGGUCCAUUUAGUCAACCUUUUGCAGGAAAAACAUUAAAAUAUGACAUACUACAUCCAGUUCGGAAAUUGUCGUUUGAUGGAAUAACAUCCAACUCAUUUCAAGUGUUGUGGGAGAGUCCAAUUGAUAGUACUGCCGUACAAAGUUAUAAGGUAACAUUUCAAGGUAAAAAAUCAUUUGUUGGUGGCGAUAAGAAACUAAUCAAAAAAACUUUUGAUAAAGAAGUGCGAACGGUGAAAUGUUGUGGGCUUACUCUCAAAAAUCUCGAGCCCAACACAAAUUACAUUGUGUCUGUAGCAUCUCAGGGUACUUCAAGUAGGGUGAGUGAAGUAGAGACGAUAAAAAUUAAGACAGAUGUUGGAGCUUCACCUGUAUUUUCGUCACCAAAUAUCUCAAGAAGUGCCAUCACUGAGGAGUACAUUCCAAUAUAUUUAUUUGCUGCAUCCAAUAUAAAUGGAAUAAUCAGUCAUUAUUUGAUCAAUGUGGCUAGUCUUGGUAAGACUUUAUCGGAAGCAAGGAAAAAUCUUAACGAAAUUCAAAGCUCGCGAACAAGACGAACUGUGGAUGAAAGCAUGCAUAAUAGUAAUGUGUACGUGACGGCAAAAGUCGAAGCUGACCUGGUGCCUUUGAUGUUUAAAGUUGGCAGAGGAGAAAUUGAGAAUGGUUACAUAAACAAGCCAUUAAUAAAUGGUCAUUACUAUGCUUUCUCUGUCAAAUCCUGCGUACUUAGUGAUAAAGGGCUUUGUCUUGGUACGACGACAAAAUUUACGGAACCAGUAAAGUUUAUCCCUGUGGUCGUCAGUGCUUUGGAGAGCGAUAACAAUAAUAAUGGUCUUAGUAUUUGGCUUCUUGGUCCAAUAUUAGGCGUCUUGAUUGUUCUGAUUGUUUUGGUUCUUGCAUGUCUUUUGUGUCGAAGGCGUGCAAAGCGACGUAGAAAUGGACUUAAAUCUCUGAAAGAAACAGUGAAUGAUGAAGAAUUACCUAUGAUGAUGACAACUAAAGAUCCAGUUGAAUUACAGCGAUUAAAUUUAGCAAGUGAAGGAAUGCGUGAACACCCAAUUGAUGUUUGCAAUCUUCGCUCUACUAUAGACGAAUUACGUUCAGACAACCGCUUCACCAGAGAAUAUGAGUCCAUUGAUCCUGGUAUGACAUUUGUAUCUGAAGCGUCUGCUCGUCAUUUGAAUCAAUCCAAGAAUCGUUAUCCGAACAUUGUUCCUUAUGAUCAUACAAGAGUCACGUUGCAGGAUACAAAUGGAUUUUUAGAUUCAGAUUACAUAAAUGCAAGUUACAUGGCUGGAUAUAGAAAAUCAAAUGCGUACAUAGCCACACAAGCUCCACUUACAAACACAAUCAACGAUUUUUGGCAAAUGAUUUGGGAGCAAGAUAGCCGAACUAUUGUUAUGAUGACGAACCUUCAAGAAAGAAGUCGUAGAAAAUGUGAUCAGUACUGGCCAAACCAAUCUUCCGAGAAAUUUGGAAAUAUAACUGUAGUAGUAUUGGAAACCACGGAAUUGGCUCAUUAUACGGUCCGAACAUUCAGAUUACAUAAAGAUGGUACUGUUGGGCAAUUUAAAAAAAUUAAACAGUUUCAAUACACGGCAUGGCCAGAUCAUGGUGUACCGUAUUAUUCCACUUCUUUGUUAUGUUUUAUAAGAAAAGUAAGACUUGCCAAUCCUCCUGAUGUAGGACCUGUUGUCGUUCAUUGCAGUGCUGGAGUUGGCAGAACUGGCGUAUUUAUUGUCAUUGAUUCAAUGUUGGAGAAAAUACGAAUGGAUCAAAAAGUUGAUAUUUAUGGUCAUGUGACCUAUCUUCGUUCACAAAGGAAUCAUAUGGUUCAAACUGAAGAACAAUAUGUUUUUAUCCACGAAGCACUCCUUGAAGCAGUUUUAUUCUCAAAUACUGAAGUCGAUAUAUCUCAUCUUUCCAAAUAUUACAAAACACUGAAUGAAAUUGGUGAAAAUGAAACAACCGGCAUUGAACAACACUUCAAGCAACUCAGCGUUAAUGUUCAUCAGCAUCGCUUUAAUACGGCUGCACUCGCUAUAAAUAAAUCAAAGAAUAGAGAUUUCACGAAACUUCCAUACGAACACUCACGAGUUGAUCUGUUUCCCAUACGUGGAAUGGAUGGAUCAAACUAUAUUAAUGCCAGUUAUAUUGAUGGCUACAAACAUCGUCAUACAUACAUCGCUGCACAAAAUCCACUCGAGGAAACUGUGAAUGAUUUCUGGCGUAUGAUCAUGGAAAAGAAAAGUUGUAUAAUCGUGAUGCUUUCUGAGACAGACGCUGACAACGAGAUAUCGGCCAAGUACUGGCCUUCAGAACACUCAUCAAAAUACCAUUUUUACAUCGUUGAUCCAGUUUCAGUAGAAGAAACUCCAAAUUUUACAUUGAGACAAUUCAAAGUCAACGAUAUGAUGAGUUCCAGUCCAAGUCUUAUAAAGUUAUUUCAGUUACGUAAAUGGCCCGAUCGUGGAAAACCCCAAAGCUAUAAAGCUAUUUUAGAUCUUAUUGGUCAAGUACAUAUAGCAAGAAAUAAUGAUGGAACCAGAGGACCUGUUGUUGUGCACUGCAGCUCUGGUUCUGGACGAACCGGUGUAUUUUGUGCACUGAGCAUUGUAGUUGAGCGCAUGCGUGCUGAAGGUGUCGUUGAUUUGUUGCAAACAGUUCGUGAACUUCGUGAGCAACGUCCUCAAAUGGUGGAGACUGUUGAACAAUACACAUUUUGUUAUGAAGCGGCCUUGCAAUAUUUAUCAUCUUUUGAUCAUAUUACCGCUUAAAAACAGCCUUCGGUUGUUGAAAAAACUUAAAACAUUGUAAUUUAUUAUAUUUUAUUACUAUGCAGUGUGAUUUCAUACAUUGACUAUUAUGCUAAUAUUUGUCUUAUGUUGCAAGCAUUUUGGAAAGUUUUGUUUAAUUGUA